AUAAAUUCGAUUAAUAAAUAACGCCAAGAGAGAGAGAGAUUUGUCAUUUGAGACCUCGAGAUUUUCUCUCUCUUGCCUACUGUGUUGAAAGUGAAGCCCGAUAUAGAGAGAGAGAGAGAGUGUGUCGUUGACGAAGGAAGAUGAAGGAAGAGGAUGUGAGUUCGCAGAACGUAAACCCUAGGAGCAAUCGGAACAGUGUAGCCUCGGCUUCUGCUUCCGCAUCGGCUACUCCAGUUGAUAGAUUCCGACGACGAGCUAGAUCGCCUUCUCCCCCUCAAACUGCUGCUGCGAGCUCUGUAGGGGCAUCAUCUCCUGCUGUUCUGGUAAACGCUGGCAGUGUGGACUGGACAGGUCACGGGCUGGGAUCAUCGGGGCGUUCAUGUAGACCGUGGGAUAGAGGAGAUUUGCUAAGACGCCUUGCCACUUUCAAACCUUCAAAUUGGCUUGGGAAGCCCAAAACAGCUAGUUCUGUGGCUUGUGCUCAGAAAGGCUGGGUAAGUGUUGACCUGGACAAAAUUCAAUGCGAGUACUGUGGAUCCAGUCUACAUUACUCUCCUCCACAAAAUUCGUUGAAUCAUCCCGAAGCUGAUAGCAUCAGAGAGGAAUUCUCCAAGCAGCUUGAUGAAGCACAUGAGAGUUCUUGUCCUUGGGUAGGAAAUUGCUGUCCAGAAAGCUUAGUUCAGUUUCCUCCAACUCCUCCAUCAGCCUUGAUUGGAGGUUACAAGGAUCGUUGUGAUGGGCUCCUACAGUUCUAUUCUCUACCCAUUGUUUCGGCAUCUGCAAUUGACCAGAUGCGUGAUUCAAGACGACCACAAAUUGACCGCCUUUUGGCACAGCCUCAAGUCUAUGCCAAUGAUGAUCCAAGUUUCAGAAUGGAUAAUGUCUCAGCUGCAGAAACGUCCAAAGAAGAGGCUCUCAGUAAUUACUCUCGCGCUCAGAAGCUGAUAAGCCUAUGUGGAUGGGAGCCUAGAUGGCUUCCAAACAUCCAAGAUUGUGAAGAACAUUCUGCCCAAUCAGCUAGAAAUGGGUGCCCUUCAGGCCCAGCUAGAAAUCAAAGUCGUCUACAAGACCCUGGUCCAAGCAGGAAACAGUUCUCGGCUUCAUCCCGAAAAGCCUCCGGAAAUUGUGAAGUUUUGGGUCCAGAAUAUAAAUCAGAAUCCAGGUCACCUUUGCUGGAUUGUAGUUUAUGCGGUGUAACCGUCAGAAUUUGGGAUUUCAUGACCACUUCUCGGCCGGUUCCGUUUGCGCCUAUUAAUGCUAAUCUACCUGAAACAAGCAAGAAAAUGGGAGUGACACGUGGUACUAGUGCAACAAGUGGAAUCAAUGGAUGGUUUGCUAAUGAAGAUGUUGACGAGGCUGAAACAUCGGUUAAGAGAAAAUUAGUAUCAAAUGCAGGUAUAAGCUUCUAUCAAACUGCAGCUGGUGCAUCAUCCUCUGCACAGCUGAACAUGUCUGUGACGCGUGAUAAUUACCAAUUUAGUGAUAGAGGAAAGGAAGUUCUGCGAAGGCAGCCUUCAGGAAGUGAGGUUGGUGAUCGUGCUGCUUCAUACGAAUCACGAGGGCCUAGUACUCGUAAACGGAGCCUGGAUGAUGGCGGAAGCACGGCUGAUAGGCCUUAUCUACGGAUACAACGUGCAGACAGUGUUGAAGGGACUGUUGUUGACCGUGAUGGGGAUGAGGUUAAUGACGAUUCAGCAGGGCCUUCAAAGCGUACCCGAGGCUCUGAAGUGCAUGAAACUUAUAUUCCCUUCUAUGGGCGAGAUUUAUCAGUGGGUGGGCCAAGCCACUCAUUGGAUGCUGAAAACGAGAGGGAAGUCAAUAGAAGUGACCCGUUUAGUGAAGGAAAUGAACAAGCUAUGGCUUUCCCAGGUGCCAGAGACUCCGCACGUGUUUCCUCUGUCAUUGCAAUGGAUACAAUGUGCAACAGUGCCAAUGAUGAUUCUAUGGAAAGUGUGGAAAACCAUCCAGCGGAUUUUGAUGACGUAAACUAUCCCUCUGUGGCGACAGCUCAAAGUGCCGACUUCAACGAUCCUUCGGAACUGAAUUUCAGCAAUCAAGCUCAGCAGAGUGCAUGCUUCCAACCAGCUCCUGUUCGGUCUAAUGCUGAACCAGGCAUUAGCAGCAUAAAUAACGGUGAGGAAGUACUGAACACAGAGACUAUCACAGCUCAGGGAAGAGAUGGACCGAGUUUAGGCGUCAGUGGGGGUAGUGUCGGAAUGGGUGCAAGUCACGAGGCAGAGAUCCACGGAGCUGACGUUUCGGUCCAUAGGGGAGAUAGCGUUGUUGGAGACAUGGAAGCAGUUGCGGAAGUCAUAGAGAAUCUGGGACAGAGCGGUGAAUUUGCACCAGACCAAGGCGUUACUGAUGACUUUGUUCCUGAAGAAAUGGAUCGAGAAGGCAGGCUCGGGGAUAGUCAAGAUAGGGUGUCUCAAUCCGUUACAAGGGCUGACAGUGGCUCUAAGAUUGUUGAUUCAUUGAAGGCUGAAUCUGUUGAAAGCGGCGAAAAGAUGAGCAACAUAAAUGUGUUGAUGAACGAAGAUAGCGUUCACCCAUCACUGUCUUGCAAUGCGAUCGUGUGUUCUGGUUAUGAAGCAUCUAAAGAAGAAGUGACCCAGACUUGGAACGAGUCUCCGCUCAACGCUGGCUUUGCACUCCCCGGAUCAAGUUACACUGCUAAUGGACAAGGGCCUCCGAACGGAGAUAGCAAUGAUGAAAUUGUGGAGUUUGAUCCAAUAAAGUAUCACAACUGUUACUGCCCUUGGGUAAAUGAAAAUGUGGCUGCUGCUGGAUGUAGCAGCAACAGCUCGAGCUCUUCAAGUUUCGCUGAGGCCGUGUGUGGAUGGCAACUAACUCUGGAUGCCCUUGAUUCGUUCCAGUCACUGGAAGAUGCUCAAAUCCAGCCAAUGGAAUCAGAAUCGGCUGCAUCUCUGUGCAAGGAUGAUCACCGAACUCCUUCUCAGAAGCUCUUGAAACGCCACUCUUUUAUGAGCAGCCAUGGCAAAAAGUAGGAAACUUACUUGCGAAACAAACAAAAACAAGGUACAAUUGCAAAAUUUUAUUGAUUUCAGACAGAAAUCGAUCUUCUAUAUAUAUAUAACCAGUAUGAUACUGGUUAGGUUCUUUAAGCUUGAGUUUGUCUCUAGCAGUACAAAUAAAGAAGUUUACAUUAUCUCUCGUAUCUAGAAAUUUCGUGUUUUCCUUUAAACUCAAAAGUAAAAGUUUGUCUAGUAAGUAAAGUUAAAGAAAGACACAUAAACAGAGGUGAGAGUGCGAAUGUCUGAAUCUAAUCCAAUAAUCUUAUAUUGAGUUCUUAAUUCUAAAUAUGUUAAUCCCUGCU